AUGCAGGUUGCUGAGGUUUGUCGGAGAACCGACUGUCUCUUCUCCGGUGGUGCUGAGGCGUGGUUCAACAAGUGCGGUGAGGCGGAGCUGCGGCGGAAUUCCGGUGUGAAGCGAUUUGCUUUUCUUUCUAGCUCCGGAGCUGUUUUGAGGGCGGCAGCGAGGGGAGCAGGGAAGAGAAGUCUCGGCGGCGGUUUGGAAGUUGCAGCCUGUGGCGGAAAUCACGGUUCUGGUCUGGUGGGUGGCAUCACAUGUGAAGGAGGUGCUGCGGUGGUCGGUUCCAAUCCUGCGUUCAAAGUUUCUAGUUCAUUUUACGUUCUUUGCGGUGGUGUAUUUCGGUUAUUGGCUGAGUUCUUCUUCCUACUACUUGAGGCCAUCGGAAGAGAGGGGCUGGGAUCAGGUUGCUUGCCGGCUCGGACUUGGCGGCUGGAGUCGGCUCUCCGGCUGUUGACGACGGGUAAGCAGCGACCGCAAGGUUUCUCUCUUACAGCCGCCGGUGAGGUAGAUGGGAGGCGGAAGAAGAUGGAAUCUUUUUCUCACAUGUUUCGAAGAGUCUCCGGUUCACUAACUAAGAUGGUUAUGAUGAUGAUUAUGGAUGGUUCUGAUAAUGAUGAUGAGGAGAGUGAUUUGAAGUCGAUUGAGUUGAAUAUGGAGAGUGGAAGUAAGACGAUGAAGGAGGAGGCGGAGGAAGAAGAAGCUGGUGGUGACUGCUGCGAAGGCGGUAACGUUGUUAACGGUGAGUAA